UCUAUUAUUUUGUGAUUGUGCAGAUAAAUUGGUGUUACGCCAUUUUGGUAAAAUUAAAAAUUCAAUUUCUUGUAAUAUUGGUCAAACCGGAAAAUCAAAAUGUCAGAAAAAGAUGAUGUUCAAGUUCAAGAUGAACAAAAAGAAACCUUUGCCUUCCAGGCUGAAAUUGCUCAGUUGAUGAGUUUGAUCAUUAACACAUUCUACAGCAACAAGGAAAUUUUUCUCAGAGAAUUGAUUUCCAACUCUUCUGAUGCUUUGGACAAAAUCCGGUAUGAAAGUUUGACAGAUCCAUCGAAACUGGAUUCUGGUAAAGAAUUGAAAAUUGAAAUUAUCCCAAACAAGGAAGAGGGAACAUUGACUCUCAUCGACACUGGUAUUGGAAUGACCAAAGCCGAUUUGGUGAACAAUCUUGGUACUAUUGCGAAAUCUGGAACCAAAAAUUUCAUGGAAGCCCUACAGGCUGGUGCUGAUAUUUCCAUGAUUGGUCAAUUUGGUGUUGGUUUCUACUCUGCUUUCCUCGUUGCUGAUAAUGUUAGAGUCAUUACCAAAAAUAACGACGAUGAACAGUAUGCAUGGGAAUCCUCUGCAGGUGGUUCAUUCGUUGUCUAUCAAGACUCUGGCGAAGAGAUGGGCAGAGGUACAAAGAUUAUUUUGACCUUGAAAGAGGAUCAAAAGGAAUAUUUAGAGACAAAAACCAUCAAGGACACAGUGAAGAAGCACAGUCAGUUCAUCGGAUACCCAAUCUCCCUUUACGUUGAAAAAGAACGUGAAAAAGAGGUUAGUGAUGAUGAGGAAGAGGAGGAAGAAUCCAAGGAAGAAAAGAAAGAAGAGGAAGGAGAUGAAGAUAAACCUAAGAUCGAAGAUAUCGAUGAUGACGACGAAGACUCUAAAGCUGAUAAAGACAAAAAGAAGAAGAAAAAAAUAAAGGAAAAAUACAUUGACAAAGAAGAGCUAAACAAAACUAAACCACUGUGGACGAGAAACCCAGAUGAUAUAUCGCAGGAAGAGUAUGGUGAAUUCUACAAAACCCUAACAAACGACUGGGAAGAUCAUCUCGCUGUGAAGCACUUUUCUGUAGAAGGGCAGUUGGAAUUCAGAGCUCUUCUCUUUGUUCCGAAGCGAGCACCAUUUGAUCUUUUUGAAAACAAGAAAAUGAAAAACAAUAUUAAGUUGUAUGUGAGAAGAGUCUUCAUUAUGGACAACUGCGAGGAGCUCAUUCCAGAAUAUUUGAACUUUGUGAAGGGUGUUGUUGAUAGCGAAGAUCUGCCUUUGAACAUUUCUCGUGAAACACUCCAGCAAAGUAAGAUCCUCAAAGUCAUUCGUAAAAAUCUUGUCAAGAAGUGCAUGGAGCUCAUCUCUGAACUGGUUGAAGACAAAGAACAGUACCAGAAAUUCUACGAACAGUUCUCGAAGAACAUGAAGCUCGGCAUACAUGAAGAUUCGCAACACAGAAAAAAGAUUGCUGAUUUCCUCCGCUACCAUUCUUCAACAUCGGGUGAUGAAAUGACUUCUUUGAAGGACUACACCACUCGUAUGAAGGAGAAUCAAAAAGACAUUUACUAUAUUACCGGCGAAUCCAGAGACCAAGUUUCGAACUCUGCGUUCGUUGAAAGGGUUCGCAAGCGGGGUUUCGAGGUUUUGUACAUGGUGGAGCCAAUCGAUGAAUACUGUGUGCAGCAACUCAAGGAAUAUGAUGGCAAGACCUUGGUAUCAGUUACAAAAGAAGGUCUUCAGCUUCCCGAGGAUGAUGAAGAGAAGAAGAAAUUUGAAGAAUCCAAAGCUAAAUUUGAAAACCUCUGCAAAGUCGUCAAAGAAAUCCUUGACAAAAAAGUCGAGAAGGUUGUAGUCUCCAACAGAUUGGUUCAGUCUCCUUGCUGUAUUGUUACAUCACAGUAUGGUUGGUCUGCCAAUAUGGAAAGGAUCAUGAAGGCCCAAGCUUUGAGAGAUUCUUCAACAAUGGGCUACAUGGCAGCCAAGAAGCACCUCGAAAUCAAUCCAGAUCACCCUAUCAUGGAAACCUUGAGAGAAAAAGCAGAAGCUGAUAAAAACGACAAGUCUGUGAAGGAUCUUGUAAUGCUGUUGUAUGAAACUUCUCUUCUUGCAUCUGGAUUCUCUCUUGAAGAUCCAUCUCUUCAUGCCUCUCGCAUUCAUCGAAUGAUUAAGCUCGGAUUGGGUAUUGAUGAAGAUGAUGUCCCAGAAUCGCAGGAAAAGGCUGAUGAUGAAGACAUGCCACCCUUGGAGGGUGAUGGUGACGAAGAAAACUCCAGAAUGGAAGAAGUUGAUUAAGGUCGUUUAAGGAAAGAUUUAAGGUCCUGCGUCAAUGGUUCCUGUCAAGGAAAUCCAAUCUGAGUUGAGAUGAUAUUCUAGCCCUUCUACCCAUGCAAAAUUCAUUCUUUUCUACGUUAUUAUUCAGUUGUAUCUAAUGACAAUUUUGUGUGUAUUUGUUGUAAUUGUAAUGAUUUGAUAUCGGCGUUACCAUAUCUUGUGCAAACCAUCAAUAAAAGCUCCCAUUUUCUUAUUGCUA